UUUUAAUUGUGAUUAAGCUUUGAAUAAUAAUAAUAAACACGAAAUAAGAAAAUGCCUAGAGUAGCGGGGAAAAGAGAAAGUAGUGCAAUUUUCAAAUAUUAUACGGAAUAUUCAAAUUGUUCAGAUAUAGAAAUUCCCGUCGAAGAAGAGGAAAAUGAGAAUGUAUUUGAUUCUUUCGAUUCAAACAAUAGUUUUAGUGAGGGCAGUGAUAGAGAACAGGAGUCUUUACGUGACCAAAUAGCUCAGUGGUCUAUCAAACAUAACAUAACAAAUGCUGCUCUAAACGAUCUGUUAAAAAUUAUCAGACAUAGUAUACCCAAUUUACCAAAAGACUGCAGAACAUUGAAAGAAACACCAAGAAUCUGCAAUAAAGAAACUAUUGAAGGCGGAACAUACAUACAUUAUGGGAUAGUUAGUUUCCUUAAUGAAUAUCUUUCACACAAUAAAAUUUGUGAAGAGGAAAUAUCUAUUAAUUUUAAUAUUGAUGGUCUUCCCGUUUCCAAAAGCUCGGGAUUGCAAGUAUGGCCAAUCUUAGGCAGUGUUAAAAAAGUUAUUUUUAUUGUGGGGUGUUUCGAGGGUUAUUCCAAACCAAAAAAUUCACAGGAAUUUCUAAAAGCUUUUGUGGAGGAGUUGAAGGUUCUCAUUUAUGAGGGAUUUACGUUUGAAAACAAAGUGUACAAAGUUUCAGUGGGCUAUUUUAUUUGUGACGCACCCGCCAGAGCAUUUGUGCUCAAUAUAAAAUCCCAUUCAGGAUUUUACUGUUGUCACAAAUGUCAAAUUCAAGGCGAAGUAAUAAAUCAUAAAAUGAUAUUUGAUAAUCAAAAGUAUCCAGAUAGGACUAAUUUUGAUUUCCGUAACAAAACUUUUCCAGAACACCACACAGUAUUAAGCCCUAAUGCUCUCGAAACACUCCCAAUAGACAUAAUAAACAAAUUCCCUUUCGAUUACAUGCAUGUGACAUGCCUAGGUGUGAUGAAAUCUCUAUUGAAAGCGUGGUGUAAGGAUAGGAAACAAAAUUAUUCGUUAUCUUCAGCAAACAUUUUAAUUUUAAACUCAGAAUUAUUAAAUAUCAAUUCCCACAUACCACGAGAAUUUAAUAGAAAGUCAAGGACCAUAAAAGAAUUGGACCGUUGGAAAGCAACAGAACACAGGUUAUUUUUGUUGUACACUGGGCCAACUAUUAUGUCAAAAUUUUUAAGUGCUGACAGAUAUAUCCAUUUUUUAAAGCUUAGUUUGGCCAUGAGGGUAUUAUUGGGUGAAAAUGAUCAACAGUAUUCCCUAGCAGAGAACCUAUUAAAUUCCUUUGUUGAAGAAAUACCUCAGCUUUACAAUAGUUAUUUUACAACAUACAAUUAUCAUUGCUUAACACAUCUGGCUAAUGAUGCUAAAUUGCUCGGUUCAUUAAACAGCGUUAAUGCGUUUGAAUUUGAAAAUUAUCUACAAGAAAUUAAAAGAUUUAUCCAUAAAAAAUCCUUCAUUGGCUCUCAAAUAUAUAACAGAAUGGCAGAAAAAAGCAAAUAUAACAUAAGAAAUUUUGAAGGCAACAAAAUUGAAACCAAUGUAUUUUUAUCGUUUUUGAAGACACAAAAUUACUACUUUUCAACUCAACAUCCGGACAAUUACAUUAUAUUUCAAAGUAAAGUAUUUAAAAUUGAUAGUAUUAUCGCAGAAGGAUCCGAAUACAUGUUUAUGGGAAAAGAAGUUUUAAAUUUAAGGGACCUUUUUGAGCUACCGAUGAAAUCAUCAUAUUUCAACAUAUUUUCGGCAAAUUCUAUAAAUUUUUCACAUGAGAUAUCUAAAAUAAAUGUUGUUUCUGUAACAAAAUGUUUAUGUUUACAUUUUAACAAUCAAUUUAUUUUUAUUCCAUUUAUCCACUAA